AUGGAGCAUCAGACCAUCCUCGUCAGGGACGUUGAGAAGCCGACCUUCAACACCGAAGUGAAUGGUUCUCGGGGUGAUGGAUACCAAAGCCCAAUAUUGGUAGUCCCCCAAUCCGACCAUGGACAGUCCCUUCUCCCACAGUACAACCAACCAGACCUCAACUUGCCAUCGAGGCAGGAGCGAGCAAAAACAUUCAAUGACGUUCGGAAGUCUGUCAAUCCAGCUCCCCUGGGUUUAUGUGCAUUUGCACUCACAUCGUUCGUCUCAAACUCUACAAAUGUUUACGUAACAAAUGUGCCAUCGACGGGCAUAACCAUGGCACUGCCACUUGUGUAUGGCGGUAUUGUUCAGCUAAUUGCCGGAAUUUGGGAGAUGGCGAUCGGAAAUACAUUUGGAGCCACAUCAUUUUCCUCUUACGGUGCCUACUGGAUCACCUUUGGUAUCAUGUCAAUGAUUGAAGGUAGAAACUCAGGAACAAGUGAUACUUGUGACGCGGAAACACUGAUGGGGGUGUUUAUGAUGGCAUGGUUUGUUUUUACGCUGAUGCUUCUAUGCUGCACACUAAAAAGUCAUCUCGCUAUGUUCCUGUUGUUCUUUUUUCUGGACAUGAAUUAUCUCCUUCUCGGCAUUGCUCACUUGAAAUGCCACUCUGAUGGCCAGGUUCUCGCAUCCGUCCAAAAAGUCGGGGGAAUAUUUGGUUUGCUAGCUGCAGUUACGGCGUGGUGGAAUGCCUUUGCUGGAGUGCUAGAUAAUAGCAAUUCCUUUUUCACGAUACCCCUGGGUCAUUUUCCGUGGUCGACUGCAGCUCGAGUUCAUCGAACCAAAGUCAAAGCU